CUUUCGGUUGGCAUGCUGCACAGCAAUGGUGAACACGAUUUGCCACGCCGGUCCAGGUCUUGGUCUCCGAGCUUGCCGCCAAAGAGCCAGGACCUUUGGGAUGAUGAGGGUGACAGCGAGGUGCUCUUUGACGCCUGCCGCUUUCCGAGGCCCACAGGGGAUUUGUUGGAUUGCGUGAUCGGUGAAGAGCCUUGGCAGACUGCUGAAACCUGUGAUGGGCGCAAAGUGCGAGUUGUCGGAGAAGCUUCCGCCCUGAAGCGUUUGUUUCAGCUUCCGCUCCACACUGCUGGGGAGGCUUUGUGCCUUCACAGAAUUGGAGAUUGUUUGGUGGUGCUGGAGGCAUCCAACCAUGCGCUGAGUGAGGUUGAGGACCUGGACUUAGGGCAAUGCCAAAGCUCCCCAAGGUCUCCGAGAGUCAACCCUCCCCGCUGCCAAGUACGCGUGGAUGGUGACAUGGUUCGAGUCUUCCCUGUCGUCGAGACUGCUGAGCCAGUUCAAGUGGAUGAGUCGCCAAUUUCUACUCCCUCCGCGGCUUGCUGUGAAUGGAGAGUACGAGAGGGGCUCUCUCUCCUUGCACUUGUGCCGCGUCGCAUGAGUUCAGGUGAAAGCGGCCUUGCUGAUCUUAGUCGCAGCUCGCAGCUGCGGCUGCUGGACGCACCAUGCUGGCCCUCCUAUGUCAGCACUGUGCUGAGGCUCGAGAAUGUGGGAGGAAGCCUGAUCAUGCCACAUGAUAUGGCGAAAGCCCGGCCUGCACUUCCAGAGUAUCAUCGCAGAGUGACUGAGGACCUGAGCGCUGUCUUGGUUGUUCCUCUCAACUCUCCAUUGGAAACUCGAACGCUGGUUGAUUCUUGGCUGUCGUGCUGUCUCUAUGGUUCACCGUCCUUGCUGUGCUUCUUUGUAGAUGCAGAUGGUAUUUGCCGCGGGUGCCGGUUUGUGCUUGCAGCCGACAUCCCAUACCUGGAAGAUAUAGCAAAGGGCUACACAACUGGUGCUUCGUGCUUGACCUCCGGCGCCACGUCCACCGCAGCCUUCGAGCCACGAGCGCUGCGAGAGGUCAGCCACUCGCUGCUGGAGACGCUGGUGAGCCGUUGCGAUCGCGAUGGGGGCCAUUUUCUAUUGGUGCCCAGCCCUCUUGGACCCCGUUUGCUCCGCGCAGGGUCAGACUCAGAUGACCUUUCCAGCGAGGAGGCUGAGGGCUCGGCUCGAAGUCUGGGCCAAGAGAUGGUGGACCUGCCGGCUGCGAAGACAGCCUUUCAGCCCAGAGAGGAGGUGCCAAAGACGACUGAUGUGACAUCAGCUGCACCUCAACGACUUCGCGCAGCAGCAGUGACGCAGGCUUUGCUGAUGUAUCAUGCAGCAGUACGGCUUGCUCAGGGUAUGGGUGCAGCAUCAACGGAGCUGAAGCAAGUUCCAGCCGGUUCAAGGUGGACUGCGAAGAGCUGCCGCCACCCGCUGCGGGUGCGGCAGAUGAUGCUGCGUUCAGUCCGAGCUUUGCGGCGGGCAUGCGCAGAGGAGAAAACAUUUGCGCCACUUCCACGAAGGUUUCAGCUCUUGCUGGCAUCAGCGCACGAAUUCCUAGCCGACACUUUCCUUGCAGAGGAAGUGCCCGGUGACUUGAAGCUGGACAUCUCCCGGUACAUGAGUGCUCUGCGCCAUUUGCAGAAGAGCAAAGACAACCUGGCAGAGUAUACAGACGGCUCCACUUCCGAUGGCGAAAGCAAGUUCGCGCGCAGUGUCAAGCAUUUGGCGGAGCGGCUCAACGCCAAGGCGGUCAACGCUCAUUUGUGUUUGGCACGGCUGCAGCAGCGGCAUCCUUGGUGCGACACUUCCUGGUGCAACAUAGGCCUGGCUAUGAAGGCAUUGGAUGCUGCAGAGGAGCUUGUGCUGAAGCCAACUCGGGCAACUCCGCCGCGACAAAUGGGAGCAUACGAGUGCUCGCUCCUUGCCUCAAUCAGCAAAUGGAAGGCAGACCACGUGCAUGAACUGGCCACCUUGGCCCUGACCGGAGCUCCGGAGCUCGCCGAAGGCGUCCGCGAGUACUUGGAGGCUCAGCAGAAGGAGUGCAACGAGUCCCUCCAAGCACUGCCCACGCAAUGCGAGCGCUGGCUGCAGUCUACCGUCAGCCUGAGCCUGCGAGCGUUACACCAACUGGCUGCAGUGCCCAGCGAGGUUGCCUCAGAAUUGCAGGUGCAGGCACGCCUCUUGUUGGCGCGGGCCUACAGCAAGCUGGGACACUUAUAUGCGAGCACAGGCCGUUUUACGAAGGCGAUGACUCAUGCCAAGCAGGGCAUUGAGCUGUUCAACGCCACGAAGGACAGACUCGAGGCAGCCAAGCUGCAGAUAUGGCUGUGUCGGCUGCAGCUUCGAAUGGCGCUGCAGGCAGCUGCUGGUCGCGCGGAAUGCCUGGAAGAGGAUCCAGAUCUUCUCUGUGGCGUUUCAGCCGCAUCACCCGCAGAGCAGACUACCCUGCAACAGGUGGUGCAGCAAUUGCAGAAGGCCUUGAAUGCUCUCGAUUCUUCUGUUGUAGAGGAGCAGCACAUGUACGAAGAUGGCCAGGCUUUGCUGGGCAGGGUGGUGCUGCGCCAGGCCCUGGUAAAGCUGGCCAAAGCCCCGGCGCCCUUCAACUCCUGCAGCCGGCUCUGCGAGGAUGCAUCUGUGUUCAGUGCCUUGGAGCUCCUUCAGACUCAAGAUGAUGACGCCGCCAGCUCAGCAACUACAAAGGAGGCGAUAGAGAAGCUGCAUCAGGCCGUGGCAUGCUUUCGCUCAGCUGAAUCUCAAUCUCUUUGCGGCAUGUCUCACUGUUGUUUGGCAUAUGUGUACUACUGUGGGCGGGCUGACCCUCGACUCCAGCGCCUGUCCCUAACGCACUGCCAGCAUGCCCUGGAGCAGCUGCCAAAGCACUCCAGCGAGGCCACCAUACUGGCUGCCAAACUGUUAGAAGCCAAGGUUACGCGGCGCUUGACUCAGAAAGGCCAGCCGUCUUGGGCCGGCGAUGCCAGAGCAGCAUCAAUUCUCUGCGAUGUAACGCUCUUGAGGCUUGCUGUCCCUGCACUCCCCGCUGACAUAGGCGAAGUUGUGGGCUCUCAGGAGGAGAGAGUACGCAGCGUGCUCCUCACAUCAGGGGACGAAGGAGGUGCGACCCAGCUCAUGACCUUCUUGAGGCAAGAACUAAGCAGCAUAUUGCUGCGCCUGCUGAAGGUGGAACAAGAUGGAGUUGGUCGCGACUUAAAGACACUGUACUGCUCCCUGCUGACCGCGUGGCAUGCAGAGGCUGGACAGGCAGAGGCGCUCUCUGCACUAGCUGCCCACCUCAGGAUUUGUGAGAACUGACGUUUAACUCAGAACUCAGAGUACAGCUCUUGUGACGCGACAGAGACAGCUCCGCAAGUUUGUGUGGGCCAGGAGAAUUCUCGCCACAUGAGGCUUUCUCGCCUUCUGAGAAGAAAGGGAACCUUUGGUUUUCGUGUAGUUGCUGCUUGGGCGAGAAUGUUGCCCAUUCCUUGUACAGAUGGGCAUUUCGUCGCUUGCAAAGCAUCUACCGCGUGUUCAAAA